UAAAAUACUGCGAGCGAUAAGAUUUGGUUUAUGCAACCCAACUAUGAUGAUAUUAACUUAAUAUUUAUUUAGAAAUUACUUUUAGCAGAUCAUGAUGAAAUUGAUCUUUAUAUAAGUUACGGUUUAUAGUAUGUAAAAUUUGGUAAUAGUUAUCAAAAUACGUUUUUUUUUUUUUUUUUUUUCUUCUUUUUUUUCUUCAAGAUUUUAGCUGUUAAUUUGUCGUUAAGGGUGUCGAUUAUUGGUAAGCAAAGGAAAAAUGAUAGUAUUUUGGACAUUUUUCAAUUUAUUUGUGUCAACUAUCCUAUGUAGCAGAACUGAAAAUGCUUCUGUCACUUAUGAUUCUCAGACAAAAAAAUUUACCAUUCACAACUUCAUAGCAGAUAAUUCUGUAGCAUAUGGAAAUUUUAAAAAUGAGAUAUUCCAAACUGGGUGGUCCUAUUUAGAAGUUAAAACUGAUGGUAAAUUUCCGGAUUCAGUUCAGGCCUAUGCAGCUGGCCUUGUUGAAGGAUUCUUAACUGCAGAUCUAUUGAAAAAACAUUGGUCUAAUCUUGCCUCUGAUUAUUGUUUAAAUGAAGAAUCAUAUUGCCAACGCUUACAAAGCUUCCUUCAAAAAAAUUUGGAUUUCUUGAAUCAAAACAUUAAAACUAAACGAAAAUAUCAUAUAUAUUGGCAUCAAGUUGCACUUAUUUUGGAGCAAUUGCAAGGUUUAGAUGAUGGUUUUAGAAAUAUAACUAGCAAGCCAUCAACAAAUGUUGAUGUUAUGGGUUUCAUGUUAUUGAAUAUAAUGGGUGAUCUGGAAGAAUUGGAAGAUGUUUUACAUAAGAAAACACUCAGAAGAACAUUUGGUAUGGGAUCGUGUUCUGCUUUAGUGAAAGUUCUUCCAAACAAUGAAGAUAUUUAUUUUUCCCAUGACACAUGGACAGCUUAUAACACCAUGUUAAGAAUAUUGAAAAAAUAUGGUUUUCAAUUUCAUGUAUCAUUGGCUGCUGGUUCUCCAAUAAUACCUGGUCAUACCUGUAGCUUUUCUUCUCAGCCUGGUUUGAUUCUUUCUCAAGACGAUUUUUAUAUAAUAUCCUCUGGAAUUGCUGCAAUGGAAACUACUAUACAAAAUUAUAAUACAAGUUUAUGGCAAUAUAUUACGCCUGAAAGAAUCGUCUUAGAAUGGCAACGGAAUAUUAUUGCCAACAGAUUAGCAAAAAAUGGAAAACAAUGGGUAACACUGUUUAGCAUCAUGAAUAGUGGGACUUAUAACAAUCAAUGGAUGAUACUAGAUUACAAAAAGUUCCAGCCAGGAAAACCUUUAGAAGAUGGAUUAUUGUGGGUUCUCGAACAAUUACCUGGUUACGUACGUACUGAUGACGUGACAGACGUUUUAAGGAGGCAGACAUAUUGGCCAUCAUAUAAUAUAGCAUAUUUCAAGGAUAUUUUUCAUCUCAGUGGAGCUCAAGCGAAAGUUGAUAAAUAUGGCAAUUUUUUUACACAUGAUAAGGCACCUAGAGCUUUGAUUUUUAGACGAGAUCAUAGCAAAGUUGAAGAUAUACCAAGCAUGAUCAAGUUAAUGAGGUACAAUGAUUACACUAAUGAUCCAUUUUCACGGUGUGACUGCACUCCACCAUACAGUGCAGAUUGUGCUAUUGCUUCCAGAAAUGAUCUCAAUCCUGUCAAUGGAACUUACCCAUUUUCUGCUUUAGGCCAUAAUCCUUCUGGAGCAACUGACAUGAAGCUUACAACAUCCGAACUCUUCAAAAAUUUUGAAUUCAUAGCCUAUGGAGGACCAACUUAUGAUAAUGUUCCGCCAUUUCAGUGGAGUAAAACUGAUUUUGAUAAAACAGUUAAGCAUGAAGGUCAUCCUGACUUAUGGAAAUUUGAACCAAUAAUCCAUAAAUGGAUAUAGAUAAAUUGUUUUAACUGAUAUUGAAAGAGAGUUUUUGUGAAUAAUAUGCAAAAAUAUUUUGUAAUUGAUAUGAGAAUAAUAUCGUAUUUUUUUUUUUAGUGUAAAAAAGAUAAAGGCAGCUAUUUUUGUAUCUUUUUUCCCCAUUAAAUGUCUGUAUGUAAACAUACAAUAAUGUAAUAAUUACGCUAAAAAUCAUAAAUGCCAGCAAUUCAUUUUCUUACUCAAGAGAUAUCCUCAUAAAUCUUUAGUUCAUGCCUUAUUGUUAUGAAUACAAAUUUUAAACAUGAAAAUAAAUGGGAGAAAAAAAUGUUAUGGAAUCUAAACGAUGAUCGAUUUUAAUCUGAAUGAGUACAUAACAUUUGUGAAUUUUAAAAUGAAAACAGAAAAUAAAAUUAUCCUACAAAUA